AUUCGAAUCUAAUUUACUUUUGACUUGAACUACUGUAGUUGCCGAACAGACUAAAGAAAGACUGAAUGUAGCUGGCUUAAAAGCUUUUAGAAGACAAGGAUGUCUCUUUCCAAAGAAUCAGCCGUGGGAUUUCAAAAGCAGAAAGGAGGGAGAGGAGGAGGGGGGAGGGGCCCAGACCGGGAUGUCCAGGCCGAGGAAGAGGAUGACACAACAACCAGAGGGACAGAAGAACUCAGGCUCGUUCUGAUCGGUAAAACCGGGUCAGGGAAAAGUGCCUCAGGUAACACCAUCCUGGGCCACAAGCACUUCCUGUCUGAGCUGAGCGCCCGGUCCGUCACACAGGUGUGUGAGCAGGGCAGUGCCGAUCUGGAGGAGGAAGGGGGGGGAGCGGGGAGGAAGAGAAGGGUGGUGGUGGUAGACAUGCCUGGGUUCGGAGACACGCAUCUGCAGGAGGAGGAGACCCACGCUGAGAUAGCCAAAUGUGUGACCCUCUCUGCCCCUGGCCCCCACGCCUUCCUCCUGGUCAUCCCGCUGGGCCGCUACACCCAGGACGAGGCGCGGGCCGUCCGCGAGAUGUCGCAGAUAUUCGGGGAGGGUGCGGUGCGUGACCACACCCUGGUCCUGUUCACCCAUGGCGAUGACCUGGAGGGGAGGGGGAUGGAGGGGUACCUGAGGAAGGCGCCCCAGGAGGAGCUGAGGGGUCUGGUAGACAGGUGUGGGGGGAGGUACCACGUCCUGAACAACAGAGACCCUGGAGAUGUCCAGCAGGUCAGAGAGCUGCUGAGGAAGGUGGAGAGCAUGGUGGAGGGGAACGAAGGAGGCUUCUACACCAACGCUAUGUUCCUGGAGGCAGAGGCUGCCAUUAGAGAAGAGCAGGUGAGGAUGGUGUUGGCGAUGGAGAGCGGCCAGGGGGAGGGAGAGGAGGAGGCCAAAGUUUCUAAAAGAAGGAAGUGUGAUCUCGAUUGGGAGGGGCUGAGAGGAGGGGGAGGGGAGGGCGGCUCAGGAGGAGGGGUGAGGAUGAGAGGCCUGGAG